AUGGUAUACCUAGGGCUCUCGGGGCAAGGCCUUAUGACAGGAAUUUCCUGUUCUACGGGCAUGGGCUUUGUUAUCUUCGGAUACGACGAUGGUGUCAUUGGCGGGCUCCUCACAGCCGAUGCCUUCAAAGAGACCUUCCACCUCAGUUCCUCGAUGGAAGGGACCGUAACCGCCCUUUUUGUCAUCGGCUGUUUGUUCGGCUGUCUGGGAACCAGCUUCUGCGGCGGUCGCUGGGGCCGACUCCUCAUCGCACAAGUCGGAUCGGGAAUCCUGAGCAUUGGUGCCGUCCUUCAAGCGUCGAGUUAUACCACGGCCCAGCUAAUUGUCGGGCGAAUCGUCGCCGGGGUUGGUCUUGGGUUAAUCUCCAGCAACCUGGCCGUGUGGCAGUCCGAGUUGGCAACGCGAAAUACCAGAGGUACGCUGAUGGCGAUAUCGCUGACCUUUCUGAUUUUGGGCCAGGUGCUGGCGUACUGGAUUGACUAUGGCCUCUCCACCUAUGAGAGUAGCGUUUCCUGGCGCUUUCCCAUGGCUUUUCAGGCGUUGUUGGGGAUCACGCUGAACGUAAUGCUUCUUUUUAUGCCAGAAUCUCCUCGGUGGCUGUUUCAGCAUGGCCGACAACAAGAGGGAAUUGAUAUUCUCCGACUUCUUCGCUCGUCAAAUGGGAACGUGGAUGAGGCCGCCAUGACCACCACAGUGGCGGAAAUUCAAGAUGCUUUGGCUCUCGAAAGCGAGCAAAAGGGGUGGAAAGAUCUUCUCAAAGAUGAUCAUGUCCGUUCCAGGCGGAGAGUAUUCCUCGCGUGUCUUUUGAAUGCUUGUCAAGCAUGGAGCGGCAGCACUCCGAUCAGCUACUACACAACAGUAAUCUUCGAGAACUCAGUCGGCUUUGAUCGUCAUUUUGCCCUUCUGAUGUCCGGCUUCUUGCAGAUCUGGUUUCUCAUCGCCUCGUUCGGGACCUGGUACAGCAUCGAGAAACUUGGUCGGCGCAGGUCCUUCAUUACCUCUGCCAUCGGCAUGGCGUCUGUGAUGGCGAUUAUGGCGGCAAUGCUGGCGAUUGAUACUCAUAUCUCGGGCAUCGUUGCGGCCGUCAUGCUGUUUGCAUACCAGGCCUUUUACACCUGGGGGUUCAUGGGUGGAAUCUGGUGCUAUGGACCUGAGGUCCUGCCGUUGGCACAUCGUUCGAAAGGCAUUGGCCUGGCCACGGCUUUUCUAUGGCUUUCUACUUUCGUUGUCAUUGAGAUUGUCCCUGUCGCCAUUGACAACAUUGGAUGGCGCACGUACAUCAUUUUUGCGGUCUUCAACCUCGCUUUCGUGCCCAUGAUCUAUUUCCUCUAUCCAGAGACAGCCGGGUUCAGUCUCGAGGCGGUAGAUCUGACUUUCAUGGAUCGUACCAAAUCCCCGGUGAAAAAGGCGGAUGAGUUAUGGAAGUCGAUUCGUCGCGGCCAGCAAGUGACGUUGACAGAAGAGGUGGACCAAAAGGCCGAACGCCCGCAUGUUACUCACGUUGAAGCUGCUUGA